CCAGCCAAGUCCUAUAUCUCCGGCUCGCGCUCCACCACUUUACGUGGCCGAUCCGAUUUUUUCAACUCGAAUUUUUCGCUCCUUUUUGUGCUAAGUUUUCCACUCUGAUUCGGCAGUUAUAGAAUGCGAGCAAGAGUCAACGGAAGUUAUUGUAAUGGAAAAUGGAACCUUUAAAUAGACACUAUUUCCUUAGGCUUCAAGAUAUGACAGCAACGCAAGCGUUUUUUCUUUUUUGCACUCUAUUGCAGCCCAUCCUCACUGAAGGUCAGAUGCCAGAGCUGGAGCCCGAAUUUCUGGCUCCCUUGGAAAAUCAUACAGUCACUCAAGGCAGGGACAUCUUCUUUACUUGCGUUGUCAACCACUUGUCUACUUACAAGGUUGCUUGGAUAAAAUCAGAUACGAAAGCUAUUCUGGCAAUACACACCCACAUGGUAGCCCAAAAUCCACGACUGUCUGUAACCCAUAAUGGGCACAACACUUGGAAGCUUCAUGUGUCAAACGUUCAAAAAAAUGACUCGGGAACAUACAUGUGCCAAAUUAACACGGAUCCUAUGAGGAGCCAAAUGGGGUUGUUAGAGGUGGUCAUACCUCCGGAUAUUCUACCAGACAACGAAUCUGCUGAAGGUUCUGGAAUGGCUAUCGAAGGAGGUACCAUUAGAUUGCGAUGCAAAGCUAUAGGGAUACCAGAACCCACAGUCAGCUGGAAAAGAGAGGAUGGAAGGAAUAUCAUCUUACGUCACGAUGGUGGUAGAGAGAAAGCUGUAAAGAGUUUCGAUGGCGAGACACUAAUUCUAACUAACGUGCAAAGAACUGAUAUGGGGAUAUACUUAUGCAUUGCCAAGAAUGGAGUGCCUCCACUGGUCAGCAAGCGAUUUGAGGUUAUCGUACAUUUCCACCCUCUUAUAAGCGUGACGAAUCAACUGCUGGCCUCGCCGAUUGCCCGAGACGUCGUAAUGCAGUGCGAGGUCCAGGCAUCCCCGAAAGCCAUGAACCAUUGGAUGCGGGACACCGGAGAGAAAAUAAUACCAAACGAGAAGUAUGUAAUGGAGGAGAUUCCAAAAAACGAAUAUUCCUUGCAAAUGAAUUUGAGGAUUUGUAACAUAGAAAGAAGAGAUAUUGGUGGCUACAUAUGUACGUCUUCGAACGCGUUAGGAAAAGCUGAAGGGACCGUACGGUUACAAGAGAUACAUUUGCCGUUAGAGACGACAACAACGACAACAACGCCAAGAUACAUGGUCACGAAAUCUCAUAAACCAUUAGUCAAGGAAAAACCAAUGAAGCCAAAAAGUGGAAAAGCCAGAAAGAAGGAGCUGGAAGGCAAAAACGACGAAAAACAGUUACCGAGUCCUGAAAUUAAACUGAUCACACCAGCGAUUACAACCACAACCACUCAAACGCCAUCUAUUAUCCUGCAACAGAGAAAUGGCUCCUCGAAAAGGGUUCUAUAUCAUAUCUAUAUCUAUAUUUUCUUUGCGAUCGUUAUUUUUGAAUGACACGUGAUCCUAGACAAUAGUUUAUAAAGUAUGUUAAAUAAAAAUGUAAAUACUCGGUUAUUUUCUGAAGGUUUUUACCACAUUAUAACGAAAAAAAUAACAAGAAACAUUCCAUUCGUUUUUCUGGAACUUGACAUAUAAAAUAUAUCUAUCAUAUUGUCUUCCCUUUAAUUUUAAUAUGGAAAGUAUUCCUUUAAUUUAAAUAUGGGGUAAUCAAAUUACCUUCGUUAACAGUACAGGGUAUAUUUUUGUUUUAUAAUUAAAACUUUAUGUAAUUUAAUUCCAGGAAGGUGUAUUUUGUAGAGUUAUCUUAUUAAUCUGCUCAAAUCAUUUCAAGUCGUCAUGUUAAGAAUUGCCGAUAUAUGACACGGCUGUUUUUCAAAAGUGACUAUAACUAUUUU